GCAACCAACUGGGGACCAUGCGGAAAUGAAGCUGUACAAUGAAGGACAAUAACAACAGUCCUGCCAGCACGUCAGAGUCAAAAACGUUUUUAAUUUAAUAUGGGGAUUACAAAGUUAGCGCAUUUAAUUCAUUUUGACGCGCCAGAGUCUACGCGCAACAAAGAGAUCGGUGAUUAUUCUGGGAAGAUUAUCGCACUGGAUACAUCUAUUGUGGUGAAUCAGUUUCGCUCAGCUCUCCCCAGCCAUCUGAAGCUAAGCCCUCUGGCAGGCUUGUUUUACCGCACUCUUACUUUCCUGGAGCAUGACAUCAAGCCUGUCUUUGUACUUGAUGGCAAACCACCCAGUCAAAAGAGAGCUGUGCUGGAGAAAAGAGCUCAAACCACAGGCUGGAACAGCUCACAGAACCCCAACACAGUGUCCAACUUUAAACAAGACUGCCUACGUCUCCUACAGCUCAUGGGUGUGCCAUGUAUCAAGGCUCCAGGUGAAGCAGAGGCACUGUGUGCCCACCUGGUCAAAAGUGGCACAGUUAAUGCUGUAGCCUCAGAGGACAUGGACACACUGGCAUUUGGAGGGACUGUUCUUCUCCGCCAGCUCAAUGCAAAAAAAGAUAGUGAGGUGACAGAGUACUCCUUACCAAAGCUUUUGGAAGCUCUACAGCUGACAUAUAAACAGUUUGUUGACCUGUGUAUCUUGUUGGGCUGUGACUACUGUGAUAAGAUUGGGGGUCUUGGGCCGAGUCGGGCGUUGAAGCUUAUUAAACAACAUCAUACAAUAGAGGGUGUGAUGGAACAUGUCAACAGAAAGACACACCCUAUCCCUCAAAACUGGCAGUACAAGGAUGCCCGCAAGCUGUUUUUUGAAACCCCGCAAAUUGACGACCCUGUUCUGGCUUGGAGUGAGCCUGAUGAAGAGGGUCUGGUGCAGUUCCUGUGCAAGGAGAAGCCUUUGAAGGAAGAAAGAGUGCGGGGACGCAUGCAGAAGUUUCGUGAUUCUCUCUCAAAGAGAAGGAAGCAGAGGGAGGUGGAUGAGAAAAUGGGCCACACUAGACAGUCAAGACUCGAAGAGUUUUUCCCUGCAACACGAAGGAGAAAGGCUGAAUCUGCAGCUGUGGGAGGAUCCAGUGGGAGAAAGCGAUCAAAAAUUGAAUAGGGCGGACCUUUUUUUAAUCUUGUAUCUUAACGCAUUGAUCAUCAUGUGGACAGAAGAGUUAAAAGUAUAAUGGCAUAUAUAUGUUUUAGAUCCUUAUUUUACCGAGUAUUUUAUCAUGUUCAAAUGCCAACAUAAUGUAAAAAACAAGUGCCAAGAAAAGAUAUAUUUUAAUGAAUGCUUGUAACUUUUAUGUUUGGAAGCCUGUAUUAAAUUACAGUAAACCUCUUUUUAUUUAUAAAUGUAUACUCUGCUUUAUAAUA